GCCUCCUCCUUCCCCUCCCUCCCUCCCUCGCUCGCCGCCGCCAUGGGCAAGAAGUCCCGCAGCGCGCCGUGCCGCCGGCCCAUCCUGCAGCUCUCCCCGCCCGCCCCCCGACGGGAGGACGCGGGGCCGGCGCCGCAACCCCCCGAGGGCGCGGAGUCGGGCUCGGAGCCGGACGAGCCCGAGGCGGGGCCGGAGCCGCCCCGCAGCGCCCCCAACCCGCCGCCCCCCGCGCCCGCCGCCGUCAAGCCCACAGGCGGCCUGUGCCUGCUCGGCGCCUACGCAGACAGCGACGAUGAGGAGGGCGAAGCCACCGAGAAGUCGGCGCGCUCUGGGGACGCAAACGGAAACAACUCAGCCGACAUCGACAGCACGCUGGCAAACUUCCUGGCGGAGAUCGACGCCAUCACGGCCCCCCCGCAGCCCGCAGAGCCCGCCGCCGCACCGCCCCCCACGCCUCCCCGCCCCGAGCCGAAGGAGCCGAGCGCUGGGCAGCCCGCCGGCACCGCCAACGCCAACGGCACGGACGCGGCGCCAGCCCCCGAGUGGCAGUAUGACACCCAGUGCUCGCUGGCGGGAGUGGGGGAACUGGAGAUGGGCGACUGGCAGGAGGUGUGGGACGAGAACACGGGCUGCUACUACUACUGGAACACGCAGAGCAACGAGGUGACCUGGGAGCUGCCGCAGUACCUGGCGGCGCAGGUUCAGGGCCUGCAGCACUACCAGCACAGCGCUGCAGCAGCGGGUGCCAACGGGAGCUUCGCGGCGUCUGCGGAGCUGUACCCGCAGGAGAAAGGGGCCACAGCGGGUGGCCGCGGGGCCGGCAUGGCCAAGCCGGUGAAGAAGGAGGUGAACGAAGGUGUGCAGGCGCUCUCCAAUAGCGAGGAGGAGAAGAAAGGGGUGGCUGCGGCCCUCCUGGCGCCGCUUCUGCCAGAUGUGGUGAAGGAGGAAGAGGAGCGCUGGCGGAGAAAGGUGAUCUGCAAAGAGGAAGUCGAGCCGCCCCCGGAAGAGGAGGCGAAAGCGGAGGAGGUGGCAGCUGCUGCUGCUCCUGAAGAGCCCGAAGCUGGCAGGGACCCGCUGGAGGACACGCUGCAGGAGGAGCUGUGCAGCGUGGUGCAAUCGGGGGAGAGCGGGGAGGAAGAGGAGGAGCAAGACACACUCGAACUGGAGAUGGUGCUGGAGAGAAAGAAGGCAGAGCUGCGUGCCUUGGAGGAAGGAGACGGCAGCGUUUCAGGCUCCAGCCCGCUCUCUGACGGGAGCCAGUCGGCCUCGCAGGAUGCGACCCGCAGGCUGGCCUCCAAGCGAGGGAAAUGGAAACUGUUUGUGGGAGCUGCCAGCCCUGAAUCCACUAGUCGAGGCUCCAGCAAAACGGGCCGGGAGAGCCCGGAGGCGGGAGAAGCAGCCGCGGGCACGGAAGCACCCGAUGUGCAUUCAGACAAAGAGGCAGAGUCUGAGGAGCCCCAGGAGAAAGCCAAAGCACAAGGGGCACCAAAAAUAGAAGAGGAGGAGCAGGACCUAAAGUUUCAGAUCGGAGAGCUGGCAAACACUCUGACUAGUAAAUUGGAGUUCCUGGGCAUCAACAGACAAUCUAUCUCCAACUUCCACAUGUUGCUGUUGCAGACAGAGACCCGCAUUGCAGACUGGCGAGAAGGUGCUCUCAAUGGAAACUACCUCAAACGCAAACUUCAAGACGCAGCCGAACAGCUAAAACAAUACGAAAUAAACGCCACCCCUAAAGGCUGGUCCUGCCACUGGGACAGGAUCUCUGGAUCACCUCUUCUGACCAACAGCUCUGACAAAGGACAAACUUCAACUCAUCGACGGAAUGAAGAACAAGAUUUCUGUCUCCUGCCAGCAGGGAGCAUAGACGCUAUUUCUAUGUUAACGAGCACUCAGGAGAGUCGCAGUGGGAGUUCCCCGACGGGGAGGACGAAGACGAAGGACAGCAGACCACCGACAGAAAAGCCGACGGUCCUCCUAAACCACCUCCAAAAGAGAAAGGAGAGCGCGCCGGAGAUGCCGCCGAGCGCUCCGCAGUCCUCUGUCCCGGUCCUCCAACCUCCCUUGCCUUUGGAAAUGCCUCCGCCGCCUCCGCCUCCACCAGACUCGCCCCCACCGCCGCCGCCACCACCCCCGCCGCCGCCUGGAGAAGACGGCGAGAUCCAGGAAGUGGAGAUGGAAGAUGAGGGGGGCGAGGAGCCGCCUGCCCCAGGAACAGAAGAAGACGCUCCCCUGAAGCCUCUCCUGCGCCCGGCCGUCAGCAGCAGCCAGGGAGCCGCUGAACCCAGCCCUGCCCCGCUGCUCCCCGCCAAGCCUCAGAAGCGGAAAGCUGCCGAGAUGAACCCGGGGCUGAUGCAGCGAACAGCCACCAUCGGCAGCUGCCCCGUCAUCUACAGCCAGCCCCUCAUGGCCGCCGGCAAGUACCAGCCUUCGGCCGUGCCCCUCGCCUCCCUGAGGCCACGCCAGCGGCUGCAGGGCGAGAUCCAAGGCCGCGCCAACCUCCGCCUCGCGCCGGGCCACGCCGGCCCCCAGCCCGCCGGCCUGGCCAUGCAGCCCGGCUACUUGGGCGUGACGGCGCCCGCGGCGCCUUCCGUCAUGAGCUACUCGGAGUGUGCCGUGCCUGCCAGCCUCGCCGCUGCCCCCGCCGUGCCGCUGGCCCCGGCGCGCGGAUCCCUGCCUGCCACCAGUGCUGCCGAGCAGCCGCCUCCCCCCCCGCCGCCCCAGACGCCCCCACCUCCCACCCCCAAGGCGCCGCCGCCGCCCGAGAAGCCCGAGAAGCCGAGGAAGGGGCGGAAGGACAAGGGCAAGAAGGGCAAGACGAAAAUGCCGUCUUUGGUGAAGAAGUGGCAGAGCAUCCAGCGGGAGCUGGAUGAGGAGGAGAACUCCAGCUCCAGCGAGGAGGACCGGGAGACGACGGCACAGAGGCGCAUCGAGGAGUGGAAGCAGCAGCAGCUGCUCAGUGGCAUGGCGGAGAGGAACGCCAACUUCGAGGCGCUGCCAGAGGACUGGCGAGCGCGGCUGAAGCGGAGGAAAACCGCAUCGAGCACAUGAGGCGCGCGCGUGGCGCUGUUUUUUUUUUUUUUUUUUUUUACAGUUGUACAGUUUAGAGCCCUUUACGACUCAAAUCAUUGUCCAAUAAAUUGUAGCAGUUUGGGA